AUCAGUACAGGUUCCAUUGGUGAAGUACCGAUUUUGGUGGUGAAGCCUCAAUCUUACAUGAAUUAUAGUGGGGAAGCGGUUGGACCACUAGCAGCAUAUUAUCAAGUACCUCUACGUCAUAUAUUAUUGGUUUAUGAUGAGAUGAGCCUACCAAAUGGUGUUCUAAGAUUGCAGCCAAAAGGAGGACAUGGCUAUCACAAUGGUGUGAAGAGUGUAGUGGGCCAUCUGGAUGGCUGCCGUGAUUUUCCUCGCUUAUGUAUAGGUAUUGGAAAUCCACCUGGUACUAUGGACGUGAAAGCCUAUCUUCUACAAAAAUUCAGUACAGUAGAAAGACAUCAGAUUGAUGCAGCACUGGGUCAAGGCGUUGAGGCUGUGAAGACACUGGUGCUGAAUGGAUUUGACCCGAAUAUCACUAGUUUCAAUUUGAGGCAAAAAUACAAGUAUCACAAAGUGUAAUGUCAAAUUUACAGAACACAAGUCAAUAGCACGAUGUAACAUAUUUUAUCUGAACCGGGAGGUGAGUUUUUCCUUGCACAGAUUAGGUUAAUCGUAGCAGUAAUGUAAUUUAUAUUGUCUUAGUUUAGUUAAUAAUAUGUAGGGAAAGAAUGUCUUGAAAAACAACAAAUUUCGGCUCCUCUGUGCUCAACUACUUCAGUAACUUCUGUAUAACAUUGGAGAAUAACCAUGGUUUGUACCCAAA